UGAACUUUGAAUGAAAAAAAACGAAAUACUCUCAACUCGGUUAAAUCAUUUCAAAUAUCCCGGUUCAUUGUUGCGUUUUGAAAUCCAGAAUACGGAUUUUUAAUGAAACAUCGUUUUUCCUGACGCUGCACUAUCUGUGGUCUUACGCUAUGUAUAUAGAUGUAAAGUCGCCAAAGAAGUAGCCUUUUAUUGAUCCGUUCAAAAGUGAGUGGGCAAAAAAAAAACAUGAGUGUUUUAUUGAUUUCUGUCGCUAUCCAGAAGAAAAAGCUGUUUACAGAUCGGAGGAACAGAACAUUAGCAGGUUUACUCUGAGGUCUGGAAGGCGAAACGAGGUGAUGCGCGCCCGAGAGGCUGGUGAGGCGCAAGUUGAUGUACUGUAGGUCCCUCUCCUCGCCAGAAUUUCUUUCUUUUGACUGGGGCAGGCAAAAAAAAAAAAUACGAGCAAAGAAAACUGCUAGUGUUGCAAAGCAUUUGAGGAGCCCCUCUUAAAAGCAAAGAGGACUUGAAGUUGUCGGUUGCAGCGGAGAAGCAAGGUAACAGAUCAUCAAAACUUUCUCUUUUUUUUGUCCGAAUGCACAGUUUUUAUUUUGCUGCUCAUCGCUGUCUGGGAAAGCUCAUAGGAACACAAGGUGCAACUGAUGGAACUAUACGAGUGAGUCGGAUUUGCUUGUAAGAGUUUUUUGAAGUAUGUAAUAUAAGCAAUUGGGCAUUAACUGCUUGAUGCAAGAAAACUAAGUGAAGGAGAUGUUUCUUAGGAUAAUCAUAGAUUUUGAGAAGUAACAUUUGCUUGGAAAUAUCUCGGAACUUUCAUUUUACAGUAAGACCUAAUACAGCACUGCUACUAUGUUUAAGCUUUGAAGUGAUUUAUCUCAUGAAAAGGAACUGUGAAGCUUGCAAAAACCAUGACAUGAGAUAACGGACUUAUUCAUUUGUAUCACAUUUUUAACGUUGAACAAGUGCUAUGUGAUGCAUCAGGAAAAAAAAUGCUGCUAGUAUAUUAUUUUAUACUAUAGAAGUCUUAUGUACGUUUCUUUAAGGAGGGGAGUCCAAUACUGAAACAUUUUAAUAAUUCUUUUAACACUAAUAAUUCCUAAAAUGAUGUGUAUUAGACUACUGGUUGUUGCCUUGGUGAUACUGAACAUAUGGCUGCUAGACUCCGCUCAGUCCGACCAUGUCCAAAGGUACAAGCGGGCUCUGGCUUUGAAAGCAGACUGGAUCCAAGCCUCCUUGGUUAGUGAACAGUGCAGGUCCGUGGGUUCUGCCAGGCACACUCGGUCUGCAGCUCAACUACACCCCCUAGGGGCUUAUCCGAGGAAACACACAAGGCCGGCAGGGUUCUAUCAUGCGAUAGCUGCUCCUGUGGUGAAGACCUGCUCUGGAGAGUGUCCCUUAGAGUCCAAACAUGGUACUGAUGCCCAAAAACUGCAAAAUGGGGCUCAUAUUCCUUGGAGCAGCAGUGAGUCAAGAGCCAAGACAGAAGCUCUGAAAUUAAAUCCUAAUUUUAGGAAGAAAGAAAGCUAUCCAAAUCUUCAAAGACAGCAAAAUGUUGCCGUUAAUUCUCCUCAUUUUAAUGACUCUACUCAUAACCCGGAGACAUACGAAAUAUCAGGUGAACAUGCUGCUUUGAGUAACAUUGUCCAACACGCAAAGUCAGGUGAACAAUCUCUGUUGACAGACAGUAAGAGAACGAUACGAAAGAAUGUUACAGUGGCCAAUAGCAGGAGUCGCAGAAGUGCAACAGGAACACAUGCAAAGGAGAAGUUAGAGGACUUACCUGAAGAAGUAUUAGCCCAUGGGACGCAUGUGAAGUUUAGACCAAUUGAUUAUUCAACAGAGAGAGAUGACUAUUCAGGGGAGCAUGACCUGCUAUCCAAUCCCAGUGGUGAACUAUGGGGUCCAGAAACUAGGGAAGUAUCCCCAGAGCAGAUGACAGCCAUGUACUUCACAGGCAAAAAGGAGCAGCUCAAAAUCCACCCAGAUGUAGGUCUUGAACUGCCUCGCUCCGCUUUCAGCGUAGAGUUGUGGGUGAAACCAGAGGGAGGACAGAGCAACCCAGCUGUCAUAGCAGGAGUUUUUGACAACUGCUCUCAUUCCCUGAGUGACAAAGGCUGGUCAUUAAGCAUUCGUUCAUUGGAACCGACUGGCAGGAAGGAUGCUCGCUUCGUCUUCACACUCCGUACUGAUCGCGCCCGCCAGGCCACCACAGUGAUCGGGCACCAGCGUUACCAACCUAACUCCUGGGCGCACGUAGUUAUCAGCUAUAAUGGCUACCAGAUGACCUUAUUUGUGAAUGGCGCUAAGGUGGGCGAAAGUGGUGAGCAGACAGGUGAUCUGUACAGUCCAUUCAUGAGCAUUUGCCGCACAUUUCUUCUUGGAGGUGACCAGUCUGAUCUUGGCCACAAUUUCCGUGGGUACAUAGGAAGGAUUCUUAUCUGGGGCAGCCCCCGUGUUCACGAAGACCUUUCUUUGGGUUACACUCAAGUAGAAGACGAAGAACCACUUCUGGAACUCAAAGGUGAUUUUUCCAACAUUGAAAGGCAGUGGGUGGCCUACAAAGAACAUAGCCGCCCGCGGUUGCAAAUUAUUGCCAUUCCAGAAAGGGAGGUUAUAUCCCCCUUUUUUCCUCCUCAAUGUGGGCUUACAGUCUGUGACAAUACAGAUGUCAUCCUGAGCUACAAUAGCCACUGGUCACUGAGAACAGGAAAGAGGAUCCGAUACAGGAUUGUGAACAUCUGCAAUGACGAUGGGACAAGUCCAACCGUCUCACAGGAGCAAAUAGACCUUCAGCACCAGGCUCUGCAUGAAGCGUUUCAGCCCUACAAUAUAAGCUGGGAGCUAACAGUUCACAAUGUGAGAAAUUCCUCUCUCCGCCAGCGCAUCAUCUUGAGCAACUGUGAGACCACCAAGAUUGGCAACCGUCAUUGUGACCCUGAGUGUGACCACCCUCUGACUGGUCAUGAUGGGGGUGAUUGUCUCCAUCUAGGGCCCUGCUACAACUGGAAAAAGAGAGAUGGCGUUUGCAACAUGGAGUGCAAUAGCAUGCGGUAUGAUUUUGAUGAUGGUGAUUGCUGUGACCCAGAGAUCACAGAUAUCAUGAAAACCUGCUUUGACCCAGAGUCAUUGAAUAGGGCUUAUAUGAGUGUGAAGGAAUUAAAGGAUAUUUCACAGCUGAGCAGCUCAGAGUAUCUCAAUGUGUUUUUUGCAAGUAACUCAGUCCGAGAGGAACUGGCAGGAGCUGCCACAUGGCCCUGGGCAAAGGAAGCACUCAGUCACCAGGGGGGAAUGGUGCUCAAUCCAUCCUACUUUGGCACUGUUGGGCACAACAAUACCAUGAUUCAUGAAAUGGGACACAUCUUAGGACUUUAUCAUGUUUUCAAAGGGGUCAGUGAGUGUGAGUCUUGUGAUGACCCCUGCCGGGAGAUCACACCCUCAAUGGAAACAGGAGACUUAUGUGCCGAUACGGCACCCACACCAAAAUUUAAAUCCUGCCGUGACCCAGAUCUUGUCAAUGAUACUUGUGGCCUAUCUGUCUUUGAGGGAACACCAUUCAAUAACUACAUGAGUUACACAGAUGACAACUGCACCAACAGUUUUACUCCUAACCAGGUUGCCCGGAUGCAUUGUUAUGUGGACUUGGUGUAUCAGAACUGGGUUGAUGGCAAAAAGCCCUCUCCUGUGCCCCUUGCACCCAUGGUGGUUGGUCAGAGUCCAGAUUCUGUGUCCAUUCAUUGGUUGCCUCCUGUGAAUGGGAUGCUACACCAUAGAGAGGGCAGAACCAACUGUGGAGACUGUGAGGAAGAUGGAUCCUUCCACCAGUAUGCCCACAGGGCAACUUCCCCCCGUGUCUGUGAUUCCUCUGGUUACUGGACUCCUGAAGAGGCUGUUGGUCCUCCUGAUGUUUACCAGCCAUGUGAGCCCAGCCUUCAGGCCUGGAGCCCUGAGCUUCACCUGUAUGAUGCCAACAUGACAGCCCCUUGUCCUCAGACUGAAGGAUGUGUUCUGGAGCUCCAUUUUCUCUACCCUGUCAUCCCUGAGAGCCUCACAGUAUGGAUCACCUAUAUAUCAACAGACUCUACCAGAGCCAUUUCCAACAUCGAGAUCCUCACAGAGUAUGGUGAGUCCAUCCACAUGGGUCCCCAGCACACAUUCUGUGAUAUACCACUCACCCUACGCCUCAACACCCAGAAAAAGAUCUCAGGGGUGAAGAUCUAUACCUUUGAUGAGAAGAUGGAGAUUGAUGCUGCUCUCCUGACAUCCAGGCCUAAGAACACCUUAUGCUCCAAGUGUUAUCCACUCCACUAUCAGAUAUUCAGAGACCCAGCUUUUCCUAAAGGCCCAGUGAGACAGCCAUCACGCAAGUUUACUGACACGGAUGUGAUCUGGGGAGAGCUGUAUAAGUAUUGGGUUCAAGUAGCCAUGGAAGGACUUCUAAGUGAAAAUUCCCCAGCUCUAGUCUACAUCCACGGCUCUCCCUAUUGUGGAAAUGGCCUGGUGGACAGCAAAGAAGAGUGUGAUGAUGGCAAUCUCAUUGAUGGUGAUGGAUGCUCUAAGAAAUGUCAGAUGGAGCCAGGAUUUAAUUGUGAUGGAGAGCCAAGCCUGUGUUAUGUGUUUGAUGGCGAUGGUAUUUGUGAAGAGUUUGAGAGAGGCUCCAGUGUGCAGGACUGUGGUUUCUUCACCCCGCAUGGCUAUUCUGACCAGUGGGCAUCUGAAGCACAUGCAUCUCACCAACAUGAUACUAAAUGCCCAGUGCUUGCUGUUACAAGAGAACCCUCUCUCACUCAGGUGUGCAAAUCUCAAUUCCUGGAUGUAAGUGACAGCCUCUCACAUUAUUCCUGGUUUCCCUGUACUGCCAUCAAGGAGAGCUACUCUGACUAUGAUGAGGAACAGCCAGUAUGGUUGAAGGUGGGAUUUUCUCGUCCUGGGGUGGCAGCUUCAAUUAUUAUUUACCUGGCUUCUGAUGGAGCCUGGCUGGGAUACCAUUACAGGAAAACCGUGUCUAUCCAAUUGAGUGAUACAAGUGGCAAAAACCAUUCUCUAGGUUCUUAUGAGCUCUCGUGCCAGCGUAACCCUCUUGUCGUCAAUGUGACUCACAACCUGAGCCUUCCAUUUUUCCGCACGUCGGCUGUCUUCUUCGAGUUUUCCUCACCACUGGUCGCUGUCAUGGCCGUCGCUCUGAGGACCUCCUGUCAUUUCAGCGCCUUCGCCCUGAACGGGUGCGCUGAGGGUGGGGUCUUCAGCCAGGAAGCAGAGAUAUGUGCUCGGAGGCCUUGCACUGCCAACACCUGUAGCCCCCCAGAGAUAGAACAUGCCACUCUUGACUGCACCUCUGAGCCGGGUCACCCCAGGUGCACUGUCACGUGUCACCAAGGCUUCUCCCUGAGUGUGCUGAGUGGGAAGGGGCUCCGUCCAAAAGAGAAGGAAGCAGUGCUGGAGUGUGGGUAUGGGACAUGGGACCGAGUAGUGGCCUGCCAACCCAUUGACUGUGGAUUCCCGGAUGAGUCCCAUGUUUACUUCGCCUCCUUUUCCUGCCCAGGGGGAACAACUUUUGGAAAACAGUGUUCAUUUUCUUGCAAGCCUCCAGCAAUUCUGCAAGGUGGGAGUGACAGGUUGGUGUGUUUAGAAGAUGGCUUGUGGUCCUAUCCGGAAGCAUAUUGCAGAGUGGAGUGUGGUGCACCCCCAACAGUGCACAAUGCCAAGUUGUUGGUCCCCCACUGUGAAGAAGGUAGCCAUGAUGUGGGCACCAUCUGUCGUUACAAGUGCAAUCCUGGAUACUACGUAAUGGGUAGCCCGAACAAAAAGCCAAGAAAGAAAUUCCUAAAGCUGGAGUGUCUUGAAGAUGGAGUUUGGACUGAAGGGAAAUGCGUUCCUGUUUCCUGUGAACCCCUUCCCCCUGUGUUUGAGGGGAUGUACAGCUGUACGAAGGGACUGGAAUUUGACAGCCAGUGUACUCUCAGCUGUUCCGAGCCCACAGAGAAGUACACAAUCCGCUGUACCAAGGACGGCACAUGGACAGAGGUGUUUAAAAUGUGUGGGAAACUUCAAGGAGCAUGUGCACCUCCUCUUGAUGUUAAUCUGGUGGAGUACAGCUGUGAGGAAGGCUAUAAUGUGGGGGCUGUUUGCUAUCCAGCAUGUGUCAUCUCCCUGAGCGAUCCAGUGCUUCUGUCCAGUGAUGUUACUGCUGACACGAUGAAGCACUGGAUGUUACCCAGCAAAGUUAAGAGCAUCGUCUGCACAGGUCUGAUGAGAUGGUAUCCAGACCCACACCUGGUCCACUGCAUACAAUCAUGUGAGCCCUUCCAGGGUGAUGGCUGGUGUGACACAAUAAAUAACAGAGCUUACUGCCAGUAUGAUGGUGGAGACUGCUGUCCAUCCACACUUUCAUCUAGGAAGGUCAUUCAGUUUGGGACGGACUGUGACCAGGAUGAGUGCACAUGCCGGGAUCCCAAUGCCAAGGAAAAUAAGAUGGAAAACAAAGCGCUUGGUCGCAGGGCACGUUUUAAGAACACGCUGGAAGAAAUCUGGAAACCGCAGAAAAACAGCAGGUCAUGAAUGGACCAUGUCUCUAAAAAUAUAACAUCCAAAGUCGGGUAAAGAGAGAAUCAGAAAUAUUCAAAUAAGAGCUUUAGUAUUACAGCUAUCACUCUAUAAACUAUAGACUAAUAUAUUUCAUCAGUGUCUAACAAAUGUAGAUCUUACUUAGUAAUAAAGGAAUCUUCUAACAUCAUAAUCACAUACUCAUAGACCAGUAUGUUUAUCUUAGAAAUCCAGGUCAAAAUAUAGCCUGUUUCAAGGCCCUAUAAUUUAGGUGAUGUCUUUAUAGAAACCCAUUUUUAUAAACGCACAAAUUGUGCAAGCCAGUUUAUUUUUGCCAUGUUAGGGCUGAUAAAAAAUAUAACAUCAUCAACCUGUUCGAGUUUUCUCCUCUUUAUGUCAGUAAGCCCAAAUACUGCAGUAUUUAUACUGUAUUAAGAUUCAGACUGUAUUAUAAAUAAUACAGUCUGAAUCUUAACAUA